GUUUGUUCUUGAUGGUGUUGUUCAAUUCCUAAAACAUGGCAGUAAAAGUAGUAUUUGAGGGUGCGAUUUGCUAGUUGCAGAAAGUCGGAAAGGUUAAAGAUCGGAGAAGAAAAUUGUAUUCCCAGCGAAGUACGUCCACAUAUUUGCUGCCGUCGCACCAUUGUUUGCCGCCGAAGGAUAUCAUAAGGUUCGCGCAACCCUCUCGCAGCGAGAUUGCUAAGAAUGCGUGUUGGAUUUUGUGUUUAAUCUGGUGUAGAACUUUUCUUCUCAAUCGAUUCUGGCUGGCAAAAACGUCAGAACGAAACAGGAACCAAAAAAAAUCGAUGGAUUUUCCAGACACACUGAAGAUUCCGCUCGGCAAAGGGCUUGCACCUCAAGCGGGCGCCAUCGUAAACGGGGCCCCCGUCGUGGGCAGCCACUCGAUGUCGGGUGAGCAAGGCGCAGGGUACGUCACAGAAAAGCUGUACAUGCUGCUGCAGCUCUACCUUCAAAACAAGGGAUGGAAUCCUUCGGUGGAGCUGCUGCAAUGCUUCGCCGAGCUCAAGGAUACCCCGAUUCUGCCGAGCGCCUCGUAUCUACAAACGCUAGCGAGCCGCGUAGCGCUCGACAACCAAGGGCGGCUGGUGCUGCGCGAGUCGGGGAAAAUUGUGCUGCCCUACGAACACUUUGCCAAUGCCGUUAUGCUGAAGCAUAUGUCCGGGCCGCAUGGGUUGCACCUUAGCAUCGAGGCCACCGUGCGCGCCGUAAUGGACUCAUACACCAUUGGGCGCGAAUGCUUCGGCAUGGAGAAAGAAUUCAUUGUCGAAGUCGUACAGUCCUGCCCUAGCCCCGCCUGCCGUUACUACAAGGGUCAGAUCGGUGUUGGGCCCUACAUCGAUCAGGCCACAUUCGGCAACCCUGGCGCACAUCUGAACACCGAAUAUCUGUCCCAUCUGCAGCAUCAGAAUGCGAGCGCAAUUGAACUCGGCAAUGCCAACGAAAGUGCACCGAAGGCACUGAUGAGUCAAGUUAAAAUAUCCAAACCGACCGUCUCCCCGCAACACCAAUCACACAUCAGUGCCGCUCUCUUUCAGCAGCAGCAGCAGCAACAGCAGCAACAACAGCAACAGCAACAGCAGCAGCAGCAGCAGCAACAACUUGGUCGUUCCGUUAUACCCCAAAAAGCGUCACCAUUCGAACAGUUCAGCAACCUUUCCACAUUCGACAAGCAGCGAAUGUUGCAGCAGUUGCAGGAUAAGCAGAAGCACUUUGAUGUUAGUCUCGGACCACAGCUUGCACAGCAAUCGCUGGUCGUUGGUGCCGCUGGUGCGGGCUCUGGCACGUUGAGCAGUGCGGUCUUGGGGAAACAGCAGCAUGCCACAGCAGCCGCAACACUACUGCAACAGCAUCAACUGGGACAAGCUACCGGUCCUCAACCCGGUGCCAUUUCGCAGCCUUCCGUGCAGCACCAUCAUCUUCAAACACAACAGUCGGUUCCAUCAUUGGCCCCGCCACCUCUUCAACAGCAACAACAACAGCAGCAGCAGCAACAGCAACAACAGCAGCAGCAACAGCAACAGCAGCAAGUACAGCAGCUAGCGCAUCCGUCGACCUUGCAUAGUCAGCCUCCUAGCAUCGGUGGACCGCUGGUGCCGAUGAUCAGCCAAGCAGUCGGCGUGUCGACCCCCAGCGUUCUCAACCAGGUACAGCAACACCAGCAGCAGCAUCAGCAGCUAGCAAUGCAAGCGCACCUCAGCCAGCCACCGCUGCAAACGGUCAACAUGGACACGGGCCACAAACUGUCCGAUUACAUGCGCGGCGCCGUCGAUCCGCACGAAAACGUCUCCUCGGCCAGCAGUGAGCUGUUGGCGCUGCACAACGGCGCCUGGAACCAGGAGCGCGACGGACUCGUCGUCAGCCAAGAGAAAAUUAUCCGCGCGUUCAGCGAGCUGAUGCGCAACAUUUCCAAGAUGAAAACGUUCAUCCGGCCGAGCAUGUGCAAGCCGUACGGCAAGCAGUCGGAAAGUCUGCAGAAAACGCUAUUCGACACGAUUCAACUAUUGCAGAUGUUGCGAAACUGUUUGCCUGCACCUCAUAUUCCUGUGGUGUCGUGGAAGAGCGAUCCGAUCAUCUCCGGAAGCAACUCCGAGACGGCGAUAAAUUGAAAGUUCCAUAAACCCAAUCGCCAGUAAACGGCAAGGGUUUAAUGCGCAGCCAAAUCUUUUUCAAAAGAAUCCUACUGUUCGGUAGUAAUUGUAAUAGUGAAAGCAUAGGUUUUUUUUUCAAAUGCUCAACUUCCGUUCCCAUACUUUGCGCCAUUGUUUUUUGUUUGUUUGUUUUGUUUUUGUUAUUUGAAAUAUUGUAAUAUUUAUUCCAGCACAAAAUCGCUUUUUGUGAUUGAAAAAGUUAGCUAGUACUACGUUUAUGCCAUAAUUGCGAUAGCUUUAAGAUUCUCUUCCUCAAGAUUCCGUUGCAAGCAACACGGUUGAAGCGAUUGCCAAAGAUUAGCGACGAACGAACUAACAUUUAACAUUAUGUCUAUUUCGCUUAAAGUACUACUAGUGUAAGCAUUUGAGAGAAUAUGGUAGUAGAAACGGUAUCGGCGAUAAUAUAUCGAACAUACAUAUAAAACGAAACUAGAGGAGGGCCGACCCUCCGCCGAUUUGAGUUGCAUUGAUGAGAUAAUAAUGCUGAAUCUAGAGAAGAAUACUCAGUGUGUAUCAUUAACUAAUGGAAUUGCCAAGUUACCGUACAGCAUUUACAUGAUAAUACCAAUGAUUAUAUGUGAUUUCGCAUCGUUUUCAUAUAUUUAUUAACAACGCUUAAUCUACGCGGGGCGACCAACACCGGUCCAUGUGUGAUCUUAAAGAGAAAGAGGAGGAAAAACACUAUGUAACUCCCUACAGCAAGUGCUGCUAUUCAAUAUUCAAUAAAGUGUAUGUCUUCUCCUUCUUCUUGGCGUAACGACCGGCUUGAUUUUGCCUGC